GAAGUUACCAGAUGUAUCUCUUCAGUAGCAGCACUGUGGACUACAGAGAUACAAGUGUGUUUAGUCGAGAAGAUACCGGUAUAAUUCGCCAAGAGCUGCCUAACUUUUUUCUGCUCUGACGGGAGAUUUGGAUUACAUGUUCAACAUGACAUUUGAAGAACUAAGUGGGGAUUACUCUCAAGAAAGAAUGGAUUCAGUGGCGAAAGCUUUGGAGGAAGUUCUCACCUCGGCGUUACCUCAGGGCUGCAUUACAGUCGGAGUCUAUGAGGCUGCAAAGUCUCUUAAUGUAGAUCCUGAUAAUGUGGUUCUUUGCAUCCUCGCCACAGAUGACGAAGACGUCAAAGAUGUGGCCCUGCAGAUCCACUUCACUCUCAUUCAGGCUUUCUGCUGCGAGAAUGACAUCAACAUCCUGAGAGUCAACAACACCCGGCGCCUGGCUGAAAUACUGGGUGGAGGAAGCAGUGGAAAACAGAGCGGAGGAGAACCUAUGGACCUUCACUGUGUCCUUGUCACAAGCCCACACUCUACAUCAUGGAAGGACCCUGCUUUGAGCAAAGUGAACGGAUUUUGCAGAGAGAGCCGCUGCAUGGACCAAUGGGUUCCUAUCAUCAAUCUGCCUGAACGAUGAACUUAAAACUGCAACUGGACUCUUAUCUGCACAGGAGAAGUGGUGUGAACCCUGAUGGACACAUUACCACCCAGAGAUCAAAUUCCAAAGCACUGCUUAUGGGGAAAGAAGAAAAAAAUGGAGGAUAAAAAAAGCCUGCUGUCUACAUGAGUUCUAUUUAAAAGAGUAAAAAAAGGAGCAGGAGGACAGAUUUCCACCUCGGACAGGACUGUUUGGAGUUGCAUCUGUUUGUUGGCAUACAAGAUCAGAGGGCGAAGCACUUGUUCACCCUGAGGUGGAAAUUUAAAAAAAGCAUAUGUGUGUGCUUUUUUAUGUGAAGCCGGACACUGUACAGACAGAUUGUAUCAUGUGUGUUUGGUGAAGCCUCUGUGACGAGUCAGGAAAGCAGAGAGAGACCAGAAAACAGACCUGUUGAGUGGACCAAGGCCUCGGCCUCUCUCUGCAGAAACAAAGCACUUGUUAUAACACUGGACCUUUUUGCAAUUUCACCUAUAUGAUUUCAGUUGUUAAUGUUGAUGUUACUAUUGUCGUAAUUUAAAAAGGGAAGGGCUACACAUCCAGUGGAGACAUUCUGUGUGUUAACUGUUUUUUACGCCAGCUGUUUUUGCCACAAGUAAAAUAAUUCAUUUGUUACAAUUUAAGUUAUUUCUAAUGAUAUUUAAGUGUAUUUAUGUUUCAUUUUUCUACCUAAACUAUUUGAAUUUUUGCAGAAUCUGAAUUCUUAUGUAUUGCUGUCAAUAAAAAGUAUUUUAUGGA